AACGAAUCUUCUUCUUUCGAACCUGAUGUUUGUUCUGUGGCAGCUAGCUCUCCCUCUCUUUCCCUGCACCCUCUCUUCUCUCAUUUACGUGUUAGAAAGUCUGUGUUUCUAUUCUGUUUUGACAAGAUACGAUACAUCUGUGAAAAGACCAUCAUCAUCAUCAUCGUCAUGUUGCGCCUGGAAUGUCUGACUGUGAUUUGCGUCCUGGUGAUUCUUGGAGCUCGGGAAAGCUGCACGGCGUCGCCUCUUUUGCGUCGAGGAAAAGAUGAGAAAGAUGCCCCUUCCAUCUACGAUUGCCUUCAAGCCGCUUCUGGGGGAGAGGAGUGUCGCAGUUCCUUUGAUGGACAGUGCGUCUGGUGCGCUGAACCAGUCUACGGCCUCUGUGUCACUCCCAAGGUCGCAGACAUGAUUGGAGUGCUGCCAUUCUUCACCUGUGAUCCUCACGCCGCAGCCGUCUUUGACAGCACGAAAGAAGAAACCAAGGCUGCAGAGGCUUGGUAACUGCUUGGUUCCGAUUGGGUAGUUGCAUUGGCGCGUCACGCCAAAAGUUGCUCAACUCUACUGAUCCAAGAGACGAAAAGAAGUAUUUGAACUACUAUCUCUCCAUGGAUCAGAAGAUACAAUUAUUGAACACUCGACAGAAAUAUAUACGCAUUGAAACGGAAAGAAGCAUGGAAUCUUGGUGGGUCGGCUUUCAGUCGGUACUUAUUUACCCGUCCUAUAAUACUAGUAUGCAGCAUCAACGC